CGGCGCGGUACGGCAAGGCGGCGUUGGACACAAUCAUCAUGGCGGCGGCGGCGGGAGCCCCGGAUGACGUUGAAGAAGCCGGCAUGGAAACGGACAAUCCCAAACUGCAGUUGAACUGCGUGGAAACGGGAGAGGAGAACCCUGUGUUAUCUAAGAGCGCCGUGCCGGCGGACCAGGCCCAAGGGGACACCGCCUCUGCUCAGGCUUCCGUCAGCAAUGGUGACGAGGCCGAGGCUGGAAAGGAAUUGGUGGAUUUAAAGAUCAUUUGGAACAAAAACAAGUAUGACGUGAAGUUUCCCCUCGACAACACAGGGGCGGAACUGAAGCAGAAGAUACACUCAAUCACAGGGCUCCCACCUGCCAUGCAGAAAGUCAUGUUUAAGGGACUUCUACCUGAGGAGAAAACAUUACGGGAAAUCAAAGUGACCAGUGGUGCCAAGAUCAUGGUAGUUGGUUCAACAAUAAAUGACGUUCUAGCAGUAAAUACUCCCAAAGAUUCAGCCCAGCAGGAGUCCAAAUCUGAAGAGAAUAAGAAGGAGCCACUUUGUAGACAAAAGCAACACAGAAAAGUGUUAGAUAAAGGAAAACCUGAAGACGUGAUGCCUUCGGUUAAGGGUGCCCAGGAGCGGCUGCCAACGGUACCAUUAUCGGGCAUGUACAAUAAGACAGGAGGAAAAGUGAGACUUACCUUUAAACUAGAGCAAGAUCAACUGUGGAUCGGCACUAAAGAGAGAACUGAAAAACUACCCAUGGGAUCCAUUAAAAAUGUGGUCAGUGAACCUAUUGAAGGACAUGAAGAUUAUCACAUGAUGGCAUUUCAGUUGGGUCCUACGGAAGCCUCAUACUACUGGGUGUACUGGGUUCCAACUCAAUAUGUGGAUGCAAUCAAAGACACUGUGCUGGGAAAAUGGCAGUAUUUUUGAAAGCACUUUCACCUCUGGCACAGGAGACUGACCUAAACCUAAGGACACUGCUGGGACAGGCCUGCGACGUCCCUGGAUUUCACAGGACUGGAACUUUUAUUAAGAAAAUCCACUCUGAGGCGACAUUGAGCGAAGCCAGAGGUGAUGUACUUUCACCCUUAGUUGACUUUUUAACUUAAAAUUGCAGAGUCCCUUCCCCGCAGUCAGCUUCAAAGUAUAUUUAAAGUGGAUAAGACGGAAACGAAUAAAUGUAAAUUCAGAACGUGUCGGUGUGGAAUACUCUUAAAUCUGCUGAGGAGCAGAUCUCCCGGCUCUGGUUUGGAACAAGAAAUCAUCACUGUGUUGCCCAGUCUGUGUGAAUUUGGAAACAGAAGGCAAAUAUUUUCAGAAGUCCUUGGUUGCAAACCAAGGGUUUGAAUUAACUUGACUAAUUUGUUGUGGCUGAGAACUUUGAGACUCGCUUAUUUUCUCUCAAAUUAACUCUAUAAACAGUAUGCAAACUGGGAGUGGGGGGGGCUAGAUUAGUAAAGCCAUAUUUUUCCUGGCCUUUUCAGGUUUGACUCUUUCCCUCCUCCACCUCACCCCAAGAGCAGAAUUGAACUUUUGAUUGUGUUUUUUCAGCCCAAAGAUAAUUUUUGUACUUUCUCGCCUCCCGGCACCGGCCCCUACUGUUUGUCUUUUAGGGCUGGUUCUCCUGACUCCUCUCAGAUGCUGAUUGUCGCGAGCUGGGGGAGGGAAAUGCCUCUGGUGGUGCCCGGUGGCCCGCUCACCUUGGGGCAGGCUAAACUUAAAGGAGGUAUCUAUCCGUUUCCUACUCUCCUAAAUCUUGCCUUUACGGUCCAGCAUGUCUAUGCAGCUUGUUUUCUGACGCAAUUGCGGCCUACGGUAUUGCAAACGAGGUUUAGGCUCCCCAAGUUGGCUAUUGGGCGGAAAUGUGGCAGUAUUUCAUUACCCUUCAGCCAACCCUGUGCCAUGAGCCUUAGUGUUAGAAAUGUAGCCCUUUUCCUUGGUGCCAUCUUCAUUUGUCAGGAUCCAAGUGCUGGCUUACCAGGGUAAGGCAGAAAGGACGAAGAUCUGUCCAGGAACCAAGUUGGGAAGAAAUCCCUCUUUAGCCACCCCGCCUUGGACAGGUCCUAUUUUCCCCUUGACAGUGAAGUCUGAUGGUUCCUUGGAUAGUUGUUCCUCGUCCGCGUGCCAUCCAGCCAUUUCCUUUAUCCCCCCCAGCCAUCCUGCUCAAGUGGCCUUUAUCUCAAGUUCUGUCAAAUUGAGUCUUUCCUUGAAAGGAGCCUGCCAUUAUUUGAUUGUCUUAAAAUGGCAAGAUUGAAAGCAUUGGAUCUGCAUUGGAUGCCUCACUUGGGUUCCCAAUCUUAAUCCCCUGAGAAACACUUUUACACUUUUUGGGGUUUUCUGUUUUGUUUUGUUUCCCCUUGGACUACACUAGUAGAGUUUUUUAGAGACUUUGGAGCUGGAAAUUCACUUUUUAUAAAUGGCUGUGUUUAAGUGUUUCCUUCCUUUUGUCAUUCUCUUUGAACUAGUCAAGCCCUAGAGGCUGGGUCUUGACAACCCCUGAUUCUUUUUUUUUUUCCCUCCCUCACUCCAAUUUCUAGAAUCACCUGGGCACAUUGGCCCAUAAGGAGGCUGCAGUUUGAGGUUAUAAAACAUCCCCAUCCUCUGUGCUUGUGCUUCUCUCGCAGCAUUUGCGCACUCAGAAUUCUGUAGGAGGGGAAUCACUUUGUUAUUGGGAGAGAGGAGUCAAAACCAAACGGAUAAAGUAAAAUUAAAAAAAAUCCAGUUACUGGCUUUAGAAGAUCGGGAGAACUAUAAUGAACGUGUCUCUAGGGCCAAAUUAACCCAGCAAUUUGAAGAAAAGAGUGUUUCAAAGUAAUAGAUCCUGUACUUAUCAGGGCUAAGACUAGCAGCCACGGUUCCAGUCUGACUUGGUGCCUACCAAACUUUUCGUUGCCAUUCAGCAGAGAAGGGUUGAAUGAGGUUGUCGGGCUCAUAGGUAAAAAGGACACUUUUUUGUUUUAAGAGUAUGCCCUCCCCCUUAUUCCUAAUGUGCGUGACCCCUUCUGCCUUCUAGUCUGCUCAUUUGAUAGCUGCUGCUGCUGCUACCAGAAUUACUAGGGAAUCUGCCUCCACCCCGCCCAGAGUCUGGGUACCGCCCAGCCUGAUAAUGGUCAAGACUAGCCUAGCUGAGAGGCUUGAAACACUGACUUAUUCUGGGACAUCAGCACUUCACCCCAACCAAUGGUUGCUGGGACAGUCUUGGUCACCGGGUUGGCUGUUAUUUUAAUUUGCCACUUAACCUUUAACCUGGCCCCAUUUGGAAGCGUGGCAAAAAAACCCUUUCUCCCCCAGCCCCCACCUGCUUCAGAGGAAAAUUCCUCUCCCCGAAGCACCUUGUGUAGACAUAUACAUUGUGUUUUCCGUGGGUGUUUAUUUGAGGCAACUAUGCAGCAUAAACCAACGAGAAAUCAUUUUUCACCUUUAUUCCCUCAUGUACUUUGGAAAUCCUGGCUUUCACAAAGGGUAAUCUGCUUUUAAAAAAGAUUUGUAUUAAAAUUGUUCCCGUGUAUGUAUAGGAAAAUCAUUUUAAUAUUGCUUUAGUAAGGGCACAGCUAUAUAUAUUGAGGUUUCAAAGAAACUGUGACCAGUCUCCAUUUCUUGCAAAAAAAAAAGUAGCACAGCAUUUAUGCAUCAAGUUCUUAUGUACAAUGUUCAAUGUCCGCAGCAGGUUUACAGUUACAGUGUAUGAAGGAAAGUGUAUAUGUUCUUUCUUUAGCUGCCCUUCACUACUGCUUUAUCCCGCUGCAAUGCAAAUAUAGCCAGUAAUGUUUUGGCAUUCAUGGUUCCAAUUUUCGAUUCUCCCAUUUCCUCCUAUUUUCUCAUCCAUUGACUUGCUCCAUUUUCCCUCCCGUCAAAGGUAAAGUGAAGAUUUUUUUUCCUUGUCCCCACUAACGUGAGGCUUUCAGAGGCUCUGUCCUGCCUCCCCAAUAUCUCGCUAGUGUUUGUUUAAAUGCUCAGCCUGAAGCCAGUCUGCUCAUCUCUAGCUGGAUAGUACAGUAAAGAGGAUUUAAUCGGAUGUAAUAUUUUCCCCAAUCAUUUGUGCUUUGUGCUUAUUUAAAGAGAGACUACAAAUAUAACAGUACCAUAUAGGAUAGAUUUUUAUGUCUCUCUGGGCGGGAGAGUCAAAGAGAUUGAAUAGAGCCUACCGCAAAUCUCCGGGAGGACGCUGUAAGGAGCCUUCCCCCUUUAUACAGUCUUCAGGUGUCUGUGGAGUUAUGGGGACGUAAUCAAUCUCAGGGACAGUGGAAGAAGGAAAAAUCAAAAGAAGCCACUGAUUGGGCAGGUGUAUCCUUUUUAGCUCUUCUGUUUUGGUCUUUUUUGGGACCGUGACUGGCCUCUGUGAAGACUUACACUCCCCCAGUCCUUUCAGAGGUUGGUUUGGGGUUUUUUUGUUUUGUUUUUUGGCUGAAGUUCUGUGAAAAGCACCUCCACCCGACUCUUUCUUAUAGGUAAAAUUAAAAUCAACCUUUUCCUCUCGAUCACUCCCGUGAUCAACUCCUGUCAGGCGAAGGUUCGGAAGUGGUCCUCUCCACCUCGUGACUAAUUUCCGCUUUAAUCGGCGAGUGGAAAGUCUUGAGGAAGCAGGGACGGGUUGCUCUAACCUGGGCUCCGAUCAUUGGUGGCGGUCUUCUUCUCCUCUUCCCGUCCCCGCGACCUUUCGGGCUAGCAGAGAGAAUAGCGGAAGCUUGUAGAAUGUAAGGGAAUGGUUUCUGGAAACGGGUACCCACAGCUAGAGAGCCUGAAUGCUUCCACUUUGUUACCUGUUCUCCACAGAGCCCUGUAUGUGCUUUUGUCCUGGCCAGAAUAGUACUGUCUGACCCUCCAUUUUCUCUGUGUUGGUCACAACUGUAAGCACCUUCCUGAUUGUAUUUUGCAUAAGAGGCCUAGUCAUCGGUUGGGCCUGGGGCCCCCGAAUGUAUGCCCAGUGAUCAAAUCUGCCAUACUGUACUUGGAACUCUUUGGUGUUAAAGUGAAGAUUUUACUGUGAGAUGGAACUGUUCCUAGCUGCAGUAGAACCUUUUAAAGACUAAGGAAGCACUUUGAUGAAUCUCUUAGGCACAGUCAAAGAACACCAACCAAGUGAGCUGGGAGAGAACCAAACCCCUCUCCCCACCCCAAUUUGUAAUUAAUGUAACCUGAUGUCAGCACCUUGGUUCUGUUCCUCAGUUCAUUGCUGCUUUACUUUUUAAAGAGCCAAAGAGAUUAAUUCCCCAUCUCCCCCCACCUCCCCCCGACAUUGCCAUUUCUUGAAAAGUAUGCCAUAUUUCAAUGGGAAGGGUCUUUUUCCCUUUGGCUCCCCUCUCUUUUUCCUCCUGAUUCUAAAGUACUAAUGUGCCUGUAAGAGCAGGCCACCGCAUUUGCUCAGAUCUCUUGACCGUGCUUCAGUGGCUUGGUGUGCCAAUUUGGCAGUGCAAAGUUUUGCUUUCAACGUUCUCCUUCCAUGGCACCCACUCUCUGUCUCCCGCUCACCUCUGUUCCCUCGAAAAAGAACUUUUAUCAUGUGGCUUGGCAAUCUAAAAAUCCACCUCCUUCUGGUGGUCUUGGAUUCUUAGAUGGGUCUGCCUCCUUCAAGGCUGCCCUCUUAAAAAGCUAUGGGUGGGCAGGAGAAUUGUGAGCACCUUGGUAGGUUUGAUCUCCCAGGGAAAGAACGGCUUUGUUGAAUUCCCAGUGAUUCUGGAUUCGGACCACUUCUUAAAAGCAUGUUAAACCAAUUGAUUUUUAAUUAAAAGAAACACUUCCAACUGCAGAGUUAUUGGAAAACUGAAAUAUGAGUACCAUACUGGUAUCUUUGAAUAAUCGAAAGCCUGUUUUGGAGGAGAUGAAAAAGAUUUAGUCUAUUAGAUUUGCACUGCUGGAAUUUUUUUAAGUGUAACCUUAAUGGUUAGCCUGUUGUUUUAUUCUGUAAGACUAGUCUUUCCAAUUAAAGUUUGAUAAUUAAGUA